ACGUCAAGACGGUUUGAGCAUGCUUACUACGCCCGAACAUAAACAAAGGCAGGACGUUUCUCCGCAUUCAAAUCUGACCAAGCUCCAAUUUUAUAUGCCAACAAAUCCGAAAUAUUGGGGUGCUUCUUAGAACUGGAACCAUGGAAGACGCGUUGCUGAUGCGAGUUAGUGUCUUUACCGACCAAGGAGGCAGGAAAUACAUGGAAGAUGUGACCGAGGUCAUAGUGGAGCCCGAGCCGGGAGAAGAUGAGCCGACGCCGGACGACCAAGAGGCGAGUCAUGGAGGAGCUCUUCCCGUCAGCUCUCUGGCUGUGGAUUCAUAUCCGGACCUUAAAGAUGAAACCACUGAGAUUGUGCAGUUUACAGAACCACCGAGUAAACGAGUUCGAACUGAAGACCUAAUUAUUUUGGAGGAAACGUUUUCACCGGGAAGUGUGUGCCCAACCGAAGAUCAGCCGAGUACCUCCAGUCGCUCCCGCCGUUCCGUGGGGUUCUUUGCGGUCUUUGAUGGCCACGGUGGUAGCGAGGCUGCACAGUUUGCACGAGACUGUUUAUGGGAAUACAUAAAGAAGCAACGCGGGUUCUGGUCCGACUGUGACCGGGAGGUCUGCGCGGCUAUUCGCAAAGGAUUUGUAGCCUGUCACCAGGCUAUGUGGAAGAAGCUGCCUGAGUGGCCAAAAACCCUCACAGGCCUUCCUAGUACAUCGGGCACCACUGCCAGUGUCGUUGUCCUCAGAGGAAACCGUAUGUAUGUGGCCCACGUAGGAGAUUCAGCCAUAGUUCUGGGUGUCCAGGAUGAUCCAUCAGUCCCAUUCAUCAGAGCUGUCGAAGUCACACAAGACCAUAAACCUGAAUUACCCAAAGAGAGGGAGCGUAUUGAAAGUCUUGGAGGGAGUGUGAUCAAGAAGUCAGGAGUGAAUCGGGUGGUCUGGAAGAGGCCCAGACUGAGUCACAAUGGCCCAGUUCGUCGGAGCACCGUUAUUGACCAGAUACCUUUCUUGGCUGUCGCUCGAGCUUUAGGUGAUCUGUGGAGUUAUGAUUUCUACAGCGGAGAGUUUGUGGUUUCUCCUGAGCCAGACACCAGCGUUGUGAUUCUUGAUGCUCGAAAACAUCGCUACAUCAUCCUGGGUAGUGAUGGUCUGUGGAAUAUGGUGCCACCUCAGGAAGCCAUCUCCAUGUGUCAGAACAAUGACGAGGAAACGGAACCAUGUGGGGUGUCAAGUGCCAGGCAGCUUGUAAACCAUGCACUGCUGCGAUGGCGCCAGCGGAUGUUGCGUGCUGACAACACUAGCGCCAUUGUGAUUGCACUUCUGGAACCUGGAGGCUCCCAAGAAACAUUUCACAAUGAAGAGGUGCUAAUUGACCUGGCCAAAGUGUCCCAGUGUUCUACAUCUUUAUCUCGUGCAGACACUCCCCUCCUUCAGCAGCCUCUGGAUGAAGACUCUACCUCCGCCAUGUCUGAGCUCCUGCCUGCUCUGGAGCGACGGGAUGGGCUAUCGGGAAGCAAAAGUCUCUACCACAUGACUGUGUCGGACCCCUUUGCUCUGAGUCCUCUGUGUUCAAACAGCAGCAUGGACCUGCCCGGUCAGUCCAGUCUAACUGACAGGACAGUCACCGGGAGGACAUCCAACAAAAGAACUCUGAAAGGAUCCCUUUCAUCGGGCCCUUUGGCAAAGAAAGCCAAACGCAGAACUUCUGACAGGCCACCGCUGGUCCAGCACAACACUGAGAAGAAACAGAAGGAGUCAAAUAAUGUCUCUCCCAUUCUUCAGCAGCAUAGCAAGACCACGGUGUGUGUUUGUUGAAAACACACACCAGCUGCUAUUUCCUACUGUCACCUUUAUCUCCCAUGGCUUCCUGUUUGUGAUUAUUGCAUCUUGGAACCACAUUGUCACAAAGCAACCUUUGGUAAAGGUUGUUUUAAGACUUCUUUGUUUGCAAUCUUUUCCUAAAAUGCUGGUGAAGCAGCAUCUAGGAUGGCGUGACAGUUUGGAUCAGAACCUUGGAUUGCAACCAAACCAUAAACUUAGCCUUCCUAUGCUCUUCCAAGCCAGGAGAAGCUACGGUGGCUCCUGAUGACAUGAGCAAUCCUGUCUAUCUUCAGUGUCUGGGUUACUGCAGAAAACAGUUGGUGCCACAUGUUUGUGCUCCAGACAGAUCGUCACUAUAAAUUACAUUGAGGAGACUUUAAUUUACAGUGAAAUACAUCCAAUGAAAACAUACUAAUGAAAACUGUAUUUCUGCCCACUUCUAAAUCCUGCAUAUUCCAACUUAAACUGUGGCUUACUCUACCACAUGUGUGGUAAUGCUUCUAAGAAUUCGAUAUGAAUAAUGUUGCUGGUGUAAAUAUGAAUUUUAUAGCUGAGUAUUUUAAGUAUGUUUAUGCAAAAUGAAUCUAUUUUUAUACAUUCUUUUAUUGUAUGGUAGAACAGGACGUGCACCACCACAGCUUCCAUGUUAAACUUCCUGUCAGACCCUGUGUUUUAACAUGUGUAUGUAUUUUAUUUAAUCACUGAAAAGUUGUCUUGAAUAUAAACAGAAGGUGCUACUACAGUCACAAACCAGUAAGCUAGUUCUCUGUAUAUUUAUAUGAAUUUUUGACGGUGUGUGGCAAUAUUUCAUUUACUUACACACAGGAAUUCCUCUAACAUUAAUGGGGAGGGGGUUCUUCCCCAAUUGCAUCAUUGGGGAAACCAAUUUCCUCAUUUAUUUGAAUUUGUUGUAUUUAGUACUAAAGUCUGCAGUAAUUUGGUGUUCUUAUUCCACCCAUUUGUUCCUCUUAGUCUCUAAGACUGUCGCUCUGCAUAUGCAGAUGUUGGCAUUUCUGUCUUUUCAACAGAUUUUUACAGCUUUUAGGAAUUAAGUUUUGCUGUCUGACUUCCAUGUUGUAGCUGCGCUACAAGGAUGAAUGAUGUCAUCUUCCAAGACACGAGGUUCUGAAGAAAGUUAGACGUGUCUGUUUAACAGUCCACCCUGGAAGCCUAGGUCAGGAACUGCUUGGUUUUACAGUGAGGCAGACACCAGAUAGUGUAUGCACUCUUCAUGGGUUUUUUUGCAGUGUUGAAAUGACAAAGAGGAAAAUGAAUUUCUUUGAGAAAAGAAACAGGAUCUAGAAGAUGCAACCUGAGUUUAAAGCAAAGGACUCAUCAGGACAUCGUUUGUGAAGAGCUGUGUGAAGUUCUAUGGAAGCCUUUUGCCUUGACCAUUUGUGUAGAAUUCUUUUAAAACUAAUCAACCUCAAUGUAAUAAUGACCCUGAUGCAUCUCCCAACCUUUGUUUGAUGUUACAUGAUUGUCCCCAUUGAGCUAACUAGAAUCUGUUGCCUUCAGAACAAAAAGGCACAUGUUCUCAGAUCUGUCACUUUCCCCAGUCAUUCUGCAGACCUGUACAUUCUGUGACCUUGCUUUGGGUUUUUGGGUCAAAUUUUAAUCAUUUUAUUCUUAAACAAUGCUUAUAAAACAUUGUCAGUUGCCUCACAACCUUUGUUUUAAAAGCUGUACUAACAGCUGUUGUGCAUGUGUACAGUAUAAAUGUGGAGAAAAAAGUUUAUUUCAAAAUGAACUUAUUAAAAUAAUGUAAUAAAUUGUCUUAAAAAACCA